AUGGGAGUGCUUCUAAAUUGUACUAUGGGCUAUGACCCUGAGACUAAAGGACAUCCCUCUAUUCGGCCAAACGUUGUCCCAAGCGAAGGUCGCAGGUGCAUGCCGUCGCAUGAUAUGAUUCGUGGGCAGCCCUCCAGGGGAGGCGACUGGUUACCGUCAUUAUUCUUGGAUUUCAGGAUCAUCAGAGCUAUGCUCACCAGCCAGUUGCCGAGGCCCAUAUACAAAGAAAGUCUAAUCACUGGAUCCAGUAGUUUAAAAUUGUCUAUUCCUGCUCAAUACGAGAUAUUCCCGCAACAAGAGGUGGCUUGGUUGGCUCGGGAGCUUAAUCGGUCUCGCGGCGCCGUUAGGUUAGAGUAUCGCGAGGCCUUCAAGUCUUGGCCUCGUACUGGUCCUGCAUGCGGCUCGAUAAUGGAUCAGCUGUUCUUGACUGUUGAGUUUCUCCACGAACUUAACGUCCAAAGUGUUACGGUUGGCAUUCGGUCUGUGGCCCACGACUAUACAAUUGCUGUUAAAGGACCAGUAACAUACUGUUUAUUGAAGGUUAGAGUAUCGGGGUGUCCGAUGGCAAAUAGAGUCUAG